GGCCGAGGUGGAGGGAGAGGGCGCGAGCCGACGGGGGAACGGCAGUGGGCAACCGACCUCCGUACCGUCAACACCUCCCCUUACUUCGCUCGUCUUUCACUACCUGCGCGCGUUAAAACCCAGGUGUUCGCGCCCGUGUCCGAAGGGGUGAGAGCGAGGUGCCGGGGCGAGAAUGUAGGAUUCUGGCGAGGUCGAUGUGCAAGGAUUGUGAUACGACGGGAGAGAGAGACGAGACGCCGAGGACCUCUCUGUCAUGCACUUUCGCUUCCUUCCGCUUUAGAAGGAAUCUUGUGGAAUCUCGCGAGGCCCGAGCGACGAUGGCGAGGACGGACAGGGGAGCGGCUUCGGGGAGCUCCUUCGGGACUCCGGUGGACGGCAACAACAACAGCAACGCCGAAGGAGGCGGCGACGCGGCCCUCGACGGCGGGAAGACGGAGGCGGCGUCCAGCGGGAAGUACCAGCUGCGGCCGCGGUCGGUUCACGCCCGGCGCCUCUGCGACAGCGACUGGGGCUUCGGGGAGAGCCUGCGACACAAGCCGCGUGCGGCGCCGCUGUCCAGGUACCGCAGGAAGACCGCCAACGCCCGGGAGCGCUACCGCAUGCGGCAGAUCAACACCGCCUUCGAGAGCCUUCGCGGCGUGUUGCCGUCGUGGGUGUGCAGUCGCCGCGCCGCCUCCGACAUGACCAAGAUCGCCACGCUGAGACUCGCCUCCGCCUACAUCCGGUCCCUGCAGGACAUCCUGGACGGCAGCGCCCCGCAGGACACGUGCUCGUGGGUCCUCUCGGCCAUCCUGGAGGGCCCCGCGCCCAAGCGGCAGGAGAUCCCGUCCAAGAGCCACAAGUCCGCCUCCCUCUGCUCCCCGGAGCCCCCGGACGUCAUGGCCCUCCUGUGCGGCUCCGCGGAGCACCAGGUCCUGCAGGACGACCUCGACGCCGAGUCCUACUUCUCCGCCAUCUCCGAGAGCGACGCGGUGACCUUCUUCCUCAAGUCCGACUCGGCAGGCCUCUGGGGCGCGGGCGACGGCCAGCAGGCGCAGGUCGCGUCCUGAUCGAGCCUCCCUCCUUCCUCGUGGCCUUCGUCUGUUCAGAUCCUCUCGCAGUUUAUUUAUUAGGAUGUCUUCGUCAAGAGAAAAGAUAUGUCGCAGGUCGAAACUGUUCUCUUAUAUUUAUUUAUUUAUGUUGAUUAGGGAAAGAGUACAUAGGAAAAGGAAGUAGUGAUGUGAAGAAAAUCAUAGAAAAAAUGCCUUUUAUAUGUGAUCUUCUCUCUUUGCUUAUAAUCU